AUGAGCAGCAUCAACUCGCUCCUCAACCACGAGGCCGCCCCCAACCGCCGCCCGUCGCAGUCCCACGUGCCGUUCUUUGUGCCCACGACCACGUACGAGGCCGCCGACGCCCUCACCACCCUGGCCACCCUGGGCAGCGGCCAGCAGUACGCACCCGCCCCGACGCGCGAGCUGCCGUCGCCCACGGCCUCGGUCCACGCGCCGCGCCGCACCAGCAGCUUCGGCGACCACCACGCGCCCGUCGAGCCCGACCCGCCGCUUGACCAGCCGCUGGCACGCUCGCCCACGCUCGACCACUACCACCACGGCUCGUCGCGCUCGCCCGAGGAGCAGCAGCGCCGCCGCUCGCUGAUGUCGCGGACCUCGCCUGCCCCCGUUCUGGCCCCCAUACAGAACCUGUCCGCCGCCCUGCACGACCAGAUGCACGGCGAGCAGUCGGCAGCACUCGGCACCGACGUGUCGACGCUCCUCCAGUCGCCGUCCCGCUCGAGCGACGGCCGAGACAGCACCCAGAACCGCGAGCCCACGACGUCACAGAUGCGCGAGCCCGACUCCGCCCGCAGCACGCCUCGCCCGCCCGCCAAUGCCAGCGACGCGCAAAUACCCUCGCCGCAGCCUCUCGUCAAAGAUGAGCCCGCCGGCACGCCGCGCGAGUCCAGCCCCACAGCCGCCUCUGUCGCGCCUGCAGACCGACAGACGUCCGUCGCCACCGACCAGAUGGACGUGGACGUGGAUGUGGACACGCUCAAGGCGAUCGAGCUGGCCAAGCAGAGCGACCUGGGCCUGCGCUCCAAGAGAAAGGGCAGCGUCGCUGAGAGCGUCACCUCCACCACCGAGCCCAAGCCGUCCCUCGCGCCGCCGCGAAAGCGUCCUGCGCCGUCGUCGUCGUCGGCUGCCAAGAAGAAGGGCACCGCAAAAGCAAUGAAGCCGUCCAAGAAGCGCAAAAUUGACACGGACGGCGACUCCAACACGCGCUCCGUCACACCCACCUCGCGCACCUCCAAGCACAUCCCGAGCAAGGGCAGCAAGCGCGGUUCACAAGCAGGCACCCCGGCUGCCGAGUCGUCUCCCGCUCCCGAGUCCGCAUCCCAAGCACACCACUCUGACGAGGACGCCGAGUCUUCAGAAGACCACAACCUCUACUGCAUAUGCAAGAAGCCCGACAACCACCGAUGGAUGAUCGGCUGCGACGGCGGCUGCGACGACUGGUUCCACGGGGACUGCAUAAACAUGAAGCAGGCCGACGAAGGGCUCGUCGACAAGUUCAUAUGCCCGCUGUGCGAAGAGAACGGGCGGGGGAAGACGAGCUGGAAGCCAAUGUGCAGGCGAGACGGCUGUCGAAAGCCCGCGAAACUGGGCCGGGACAGGGAAAGCAAAUACUGCUCCGAGGAGUGCGGCGUGCUCUUCAUGACAGAGCAACUACACCGCACCGCAGGCGCAAAAGGCGCAAACGGCAAGAGCAAGAAGUCGAAAAAGAAGAACCCCAUCAAGAGCACCGACGACACGCCAGAACACGAAGAAGAAGAGGAGCCCACACCACUUGGCGGAGUCCUCCGCGCAAAAGACCUAAAAGCCCUCGUCGACGCAAGCCCAAACAUCCAAGCCUUCAGAAACCUCGGCACCGGCGUCCUCUCCCCGCCCCAAACCGCCUCCCCCACCCAACCCUCCUUCACCGGCGCCGACGACCUCGCCCUCACAGCCGCCGAAACAGAGCGCCUCAAAGCCCUCCACAACGAAAAAUCACAGCUCAAAGACCGCCUAGAAGUCCUCCGCGACCGCGAAUGGUUCGUCAGCAUGGCAAAGGAACAAGCCCUGCGCGUCGCCGAGCGCGAGAAGAUCAAAAUCAAGGAGUUCUGCGGUUAUGACUCACGACUCAGUUGGUCGGAUGCAGAGUUUUUGCUCUGGCGCAAUAGCAGACAUGGGCGCGCGGCCUUUCAGUUUAAUACCCUCGCGCCUGACGCUGAGCAGGUCGCGGCUAUGCCUGCGUCGCCCGCGGACGCAGUCGUCCCUGCGUUCGACGCCCAGCGCGAGGCGGCGUGUCUCAAGAAACGCUGCUCCAAGCAUCCGCAGUGGCAGAAACUCAACUUGCAGGACGCGCGCUUCGAGGAGCUGGAGGUUGUUGAGGCAAUUCGCGAGUGCGAGAAGGAUGAGAGGAGUGUGAGGGAGCGCGCGAGGAGAAGAGGCGCGAAAGACGAUAUGGCUAAGGAACUUACGGCGGGGGAUGGCGUGAAUCGCGAUCGGAAUCGGGAGGGGUGGGUCGAGGUUGUUAUUUAGCAGGGUGGGUGAGGGGAGAGGGCUUGGAUAGAGAGAUUUAUACCCCCGUCCGUUCCGUUGCGGUCUUUUUUGUAGCGAGUAUAUCCUUUGGCGUUUUCUUGAGGGGGUUGGUUUGGUUGGGCAUUGUAUGGCUUCUGAGAGAUAAAAAAGUCAAGGCUUGUUUACGUUUUGUUGCGGUAAAAGCGCUCCCUCCACUCGGUUUUUUUUCUGGUCAUUCUUCUCAUUGUUUGGGUUGACGGUGUUUCUUCUGGGUUCCGAGUAGGAUGGGCAUGGGAUUGGAUCCGAAUUGAAUUGAAUUGAAUGGAACGAGCAUAGUCAUCAAAUGGUCCUAAUCAAU